ACUGGUCCUCAAAAGCAACGUCUCCGCGCAUGCGUGGAGGGGCGGGCUGACGGCUCAGCCCGCAGUUCGGACGUUUGUUGUGGUGAUGUAAUGUUCCCUCUCUGGUGACUACGGAUGGCUGUGUGCGCCAGGCUCUGCGGAGUGGGUCAGUCGCGGAGGUGCAGGCGGCGACAGCGACAUAAUCAGGACGUUCAGGGAAGCGAUUCGGAUUUGGAUAUGGACGAGGAAGAAGAGGAGCGGAUUGUGGGGCAUAAGCAAGCCGACAAUGGCUGUGGCGGCCUGGAGGGCUGCUCUGCCACCGCAGGGCCUAGUGACGCUUUGCCGGAAUAUGCCAGCGCUAAUGUCAACACACAUGGCUGGGUGGAUCGUGCCAACACAGGACCUCCGAACCCACAGUCCUUACUGGAUCUACCCCCGGAGCUUUUAGUGGAAAUCUUCUCAUUAUUACCCGGUACAGCUCUACCAAAUGUUGCCCUCGUCUGCAAGAAAUUCAGGCAAAUCCUCAACACAGAAACCAUUUGGAGAAGGCGAUGCAUGGAGGAAUUUGGCAUGAAGGAGGACCUGCGGAAGAUGGAGGCCGGAGGGGUAUCCAACCGGGACCUAUACGUUAAACUGCUUCACCCAUAUCGACAUAUCUUAGGUCUCUGGCAGCCUGAUAUAGGACCGUACGGUGGACUACUCAAUGUUGUGGUUGAUGGGAUUUUCAUCAUUGGCUGGAUGUACUUGCCACCUCAUGACCCUCGUGUGGAGGACCCCAUGAGACGACGGCCACUUUUCCGUAUCCACAUGUGGGAGAGCAAAAAAGCUUCAGUGGAAUGUAUGUACGGACACAAGGGCCCUCACAAAGGAGACAUCCAGACAGUGAAAAAGGACGAGUUUUCAACCAAAUGUAACCAGACCGACCACCAUCGCAUGCCAGGUGGCAGGCAGGAGGAGUUUAGGACAUGGUUGGAGGAAGAGUGGGGGCGGACAUUGGAGGACAUCUUCCAUGAGCACAUGCAGGAGCUUAUCCUCAUGAAGUUCAUUUAUACCAGCCAAUAUGAUAACUGCCUGACAUACCGGCGGAUCUACCUGCCUCCACAGCUGCCCUCAGACUUGCUGCAGCCAGGCCUUUUCAAGGGCACUUACGGCAGCCAUGGCCUGGAGAUUGUUAUGCUGAGUUUCCACGGGAAUGCUGCGAGAGCCACUAAGCUCACUGGAGACCCUAAUGUCCCUGCAGGGCAGCUAACACUGGAUAUAGACCUGACCCGGCCCGUGGUUCUUCCAGACUUGGAGCGCCAGCGCAGUAUAGAGGAGCUGUCUCGUCUGGUGCUAGGAGUGCAUGAGGAAAUGCAGAGAGAGGCAGAGCAAAAGGCCAAGGAAAUUUCCACCAGCCCUCAAGAGGCAGCAGAAGGGGCCUGUGGUGGUGCCACUGCAGCAGAAGGGGUAAAAGCAGGCUCUGUAGUCAAUUCAGAGGACUGCCAAUCUGGUCCCAACAACAGCCCCAAUACCCCUGAUGUCCAACCCUUCAUCCUGCCCCUGGGGGUUAUGGCUCGCAACGAGGUAUAUCCUCGCACCUCCAAGAAGUGCUUCUAUGGUACAGGCCUGAUUGCCGGCCAUGGUUUCACAAGUCCAGAGCGCACCCCAGGGCUGUUUGUGCUAUUUGAUGAGGACCGCUUCGGUUUCAUCUGGCUGCAUUUGAAAUCCUUCAGUCUAUACAGUCGCCUGACUGACCACCUAGCCCAUGCUCAUGCCCCAAACAUGGAGCGUUUCGAGGCCAUGUUACGUAACAUGCAGUCCUGGACAUCCUGAUCCAACCAUGAAGUUGCAUAGAUUCUCUUCAUUCAACAGGAUGCAUAAAACAUGGAGUUAACACAAAUCAUCUGUCUCCUUCCACAAUAACCACUAUCACCAUAGAUAUUUAUCUUAAUCGCCCUGAUUCUAUCUAAAACCUCCUGUAAUCUUAAAAAACACGGAAUCAGCAGUCAAACGAAGCUGCUGUAGUAAUGUUUUCUUGUUCCAGCACAUUCUUUCUCCUGUUCCCACACAUGCACUUUGAAUGGUCUCCAGUGACUUUUAUCACCUCUGAUCAAUAUGACCUCUUAAUCUGGUGCAGCAUGCUAACAGAUCACAUGACGAAAAAUGUUUCCUCACUACCUUUUUAUUUAUUUAUCUAUUCCCACCAGAACAAGAGGAGUAGCACUUAUUAUGUCAAGUCACUUAUUAGGGAGCAAACUGUAUGUGCCUCUGAUUCUAACAUUUACACCAUGUCUUUUACCACACAGUGCUUGAAGAGGAAAGAGGUGUCCUAUAUAUUCUAUUAAAUGGUACUAUAAUUAUUUUAAUGCCCAUAUAUUUAAUUGCAUGCUGCAUUUUUUAUUUGAGUGUAAUUGCAUUGUACUUAGAACCAUGAUUACAUCAUGAUGAAAUAAUUUUAUUUUUUGUAAAUUAGCGUGCACCUUGCUUUUUAAUUUAGUUUGUUGCUUUAAGGACGUCACAGACUGCAUCUCAGGUGCUUUUACUCAUUGCCACUCAGUCAAUGAAAGUAUACCAGAAAUCAACAAGUUUAUUGAUAUUACACAAUAGGCCAUGUGCAGAAUUUAAUCACAUUUCUGUUAAAUACUUCUAUCAAAUAGAAAGAAUGACAUAAGAAUUGUACUAUUUUCUACCAGCUGACAAGUAAGCUCAUGCUGUCUUAUCACAAAGGGUAACCACAUCGGCCAAUACUUGGUAGACAUAUCUUAUUGCCCUUUGCACAGGAGCUGUAAAGAUGUCUGUCCAUGACAUGUAAUGGUUCAUCAUCAUCAGGCCACCAAUAACACCACUUUGUAAAAGUUGCAAAGAGAUUGCAAUAAAAUUAUAGUAGCCCAAUCGAUGUGUAAGGAAGCUUGUUUUAAUCCACGUAUCAAAAUCAUGAGCUUUCUGUGCUUACAUACUCAUGGUGUGGACUGGAUGCUUCUUCCCUUGAAAUGUAUAAUUUGUCAUCGUUUGAAAAUUGCCGACUUUAGGUUUUUCUAGCUUGUUACCUGCAAAGCACAUCCCUAUGGCAUUCCAGUUCAUUUGCAAGUUCUACCAGGCUUGCCAAUAUUAUGUAACCCAACAGCUCAAGGUGUAUCUCAAAGUACAAAGUAAGUGUCUGUGUGUUUUAUCGUGGCCUGAUGGAGGUGCCCAGUAGCUCUCUUACUCCAAGUGCACUUUUCUGGGCAGUAUAGCAAAACAUUCAAACCACUGGCCAGCACUUUUGUAACAGACUGCAGCUUUACUAACAUUUGCAAAAACUGUGCAUAGGUAAUAAAAUACGUAAUAAUGAACAAUGUCUAUUUAAGCCUUCAUACAUUUUAUUUGGGUCUCAUUUGAUUCAUUUGUUUAACUCUUGUCUUGUCUGUUGUAAACCCUCUUUCUUCCUCCAUCUUUUACUCAGCUGUUUAUUUGCCUUUGAAAAGUUGUGCUUUGUAAUAUUCUGAUCAGCCUGAUUUUGCAGGAAACUAACAAAGUUUGCCCUAUUGAACUGCUCACAUCUGACUUCAGGGAGCUUUGCAGCUUAAGCGCUCUUCUCAGUAAUAAAAGAGACCA